AUGACUGAUGCCCACGACGGAACUGGAUCUCACGAGAAUCUGGUAGCCACUCUAUUGUCAAUCGAGGGGCCGAUUAAGGAGGAAAAGAGCGUCAGGGGCCAACUGGAUUUGGGCUCGAUGAAAUUGGAAAGCAAGAAUGUUGCCAUGGUAGUCCCCAAUUGGGUAAUGACUGUCAAGUUUAUGCCUUGCAGCAGUAUGAGGAUGGUUGUAGCGGGAGACAAGGUCGGGAAUGUGGGGUUCUGGAAUAUGGAUUCGGAGGAGGGGAAUGAUGGGAGAUGCUUGUAUAGGCCUCACUCAGGUCCGAUUUCGGGGAUUCUGUUUCGGGAAUCCUGCAUCUCUCAGAUGUUUACGAGUUGCUACAAUGGUUACGUUCGAAUGAUGGAUCUUGAGAAGGGGGAGUUUAUUCUUGUGCGCAAGGGGGUGGAGCGCUUGAACUGCCUAACGAAGCCGCCAAAUGAUGACAAGAGCUUGUACAUGGGAGAAGGUCGGGGAGUGUUAACUGUGUGGGACACGAAAUCCGGGAAGCCUUCCUCGCAGUUGGAUCUUCACAGCCACCUCAUCAACACCAUAGAUUUCAAUCCAGGGAACUCCAAGAUCAUGGCCACUGGUGCAAGGGAUAAAACUGCAAAGAUUUGGGAUUUGAGAUUUAUCCGCAAGGGCCUACCCAGAUGUUUGAAGGAGGUGAAGCACAAAGACGCUGUGAAUUCUGCUUACUUCUCGCCCUCCGGGGCCGCCCUUGCAACGCUAAGUUUGGAUAACUACGUGGGGAUACAGAAUGGGACCAAUUGGGAUGUUAACUGUAUGAUACCUCAUGUCCAUGGUCACAGUGUCAGAUAUAUUCCAAAACUCAGAGCAAUAUGGGGAUGGGACGACUCUUGCAUUCUCGUGGGCAGCAUGGAGAAAGCAAUUGACGUCAUCUCUCCGGUGCAAAGAGGAGUGGUUAUGAGCUUGGACAGCCCCAACAUGGGUACGGUACCCUGCAGAUUCGAUGCGCAUCCUCAACGCGUCGGCCUGCUAGCCGGAGCCGCAGCUGGCGGCAAGGUUUACGUCUGGACUUGUAGCUAG